UCCCUGUUCCCCAAGUCUCAGUUCCCAGUCGCAGCCCCCUCCCCCCCCCAGCGCCGAGCAUAAUCACAUCCAAAAAGCACAAAGCACAAGCUCGAUCAAAGGCACACGCAGGAGCAAGGCCCGCCCGCACUGCGCUGCACUGCAUCGGAAUUUGGCUUUGUUGGCUCUGGCUCUGGCCGCCAAACCCGCGCACCUUUUCCUCCUUGCACACCCUGCUGCCCUCGCUCGACCCAUUCAUUAUCUGCAUAGCCGUCCUGAGACCUUUUUUUAGCCAAGCCCGCCUGCUGGAUCAUGGACGGCCCCGGGUCUACCUCCUCCUCUGCUUCCAUCGCCCCUUCCCAUCGUCGCAAACUCGUCAAGAAGCCUCCAUCUCAUCACUACGCCCGCUCAUCCUCCGGCUUCGAUGGUGGUGGCGGCUACGACGCCGAUUCCCUUGGAAGCAAACGCAGUUCCCAAAGUCUGAGACGAGCCCCAAGCGCUCCCCCAGCACGCUCCAACCCCGCGACCGCGUCGGGACACACUCCCGCCAACACCUUUCGAUCGAACGCAUCACCCAUCCUGCCGCAGGGCGAUUUUACCACCUCCAACGCCUGGACUCCCGUCCCUCGCAAUAAUCGCCUCUCCGACUCCCACCUUCGACCCCUUAGCAAACCAGCCGCCCCCGCUGACGACUUCAUCGGCGCCCCCUUCGACGGCGCCGCCAUCCUCAAUCGGAUUGAGUCGACAAAGGUGCCGAGCCCCCAGGGUCCAGUCCACCGCCACCACAAUCAUCAACCCCCGCUCCUCAAGAUCGGUGCCGAUUCCCAGCUCGCGACCCCCAUCUUGCGGCCCUCCGCCAGUUUUACCGGGAUGGAUUCGUCUCUGUCUGAGAAAGGCCUCGGGCCACGCGCUCCUACCGAUGGCUCCAUGGGUAACACCAAGCGAUAUUCAGAUGAUGGCAGGGAGCCCAAGUCGGCUGUCCUGCGAAAGAAGUCGGGCUUCUCAGGCUUCAUGAACAGUCUUGUCGGCUCGCCCAAGAAGCCUGUCAUUUCCGCCCCCGAGAACCCUGUUCACGUCACUCACGUCGGCUACGAUAGUACGACGGGCCAGUUCACUGGCCUGCCAAAGGAAUGGCAGCGGUUGAUCAACGAAAGCGGCAUCCCCGAGAAGGAAAGGCGAGAGAACCCUCAAACGAUGGUUGAUAUUUUACAGUUCUACAAGGAGACCACUGAGAGGCCCCACGAGGAUCAGAGCCUCGAAAAGUUCCACCAUGCUGGCGCCCAAUAUGCGGCCAACUCUCCUGCGUCUGCAGCAUCUCCGGGCACGUACCCGUCAAAUUAUAUGGGAAGUUUUGAGAAUCCCCGAGCUCCGCCGCCCGUUCCCAGAGGCCAGGUCUCGGGCAAAGACCUGAUGCCCAGUCGACCGGCCCCGAAACCGCCUAUCAGCAUGAACAACCGACACCAUCCCCAAGGUGCCUACACUGCCAAGGACUCUGGCAUUGGCAUGUCGCAGUCUGGUGAAGAAUCCUUCGGCUCCAAGGACAACAGUCCCAUGCUCCCCGAAGAACACCGCUCUCGAUCGAACUCGCGCGUUCAAGUACCAUCGCCGUAUGCCCCGACAGCCCCCCAGCAGAACCAAGUCGUCCAAGCGCAAGCUGCCGCUUAUCAGCAGCAGCUCAUGCAGCAACAGCAGGAGCAGGCGAUGGCUCAGGCCCAGGCUGCUAUGUCUGGCCAGGUCACGCGGGCUCCUAGCAAGAGAACGCCUCAGCAUCAAGUUCCCGCACCAGUUGGCCAGCCCAGUCAGCCUCCACACCCCAACACGGCGUAUGGACGUCCCCCCGAGGCCAAUGGCGUUGCGAACGCCCCACGGCAACAACCCGGACCCGGAGCCAUUCCCGGAGCCAUUCCCGGAGCCAGGCCGCGACACCGAGCUCGGCAAAGCGCUGCGUUCGAUGUCGUUGCCUCUCUUAAGCGAAUUUGCUCUGAGGGCGAUCCUCGCGACAUUUACCGUGGAUUCAACAAGAUCGGUCAGGGCGCCUCAGGUGGUGUCUACACUGGCCACGAGCGGGGCACGAACCGUCUUGUGGCCAUUAAGCAGAUGAACCUUGAGCAGCAACCUAAGAAGGAUCUGAUCAUCAAUGAGAUUCUCGUCAUGAAGGACAGCUCGCACCCGAACAUUGUCAACUUCAUUGACAGCUACCUCUGUGGCGGAGAGCUGUGGGUCGUGAUGGAAUUCAUGGAAGGUGGCAGCCUUACGGAUGUUGUCACCUUCAACAUCAUGUCCGAGGGCCAGAUCGCCUCCGUGUGCCGGGAGACCUUGAAGGGACUGCAGCACCUACAUUCCAAGGGAGUCAUCCACCGCGACAUCAAAUCCGACAACAUUUUGCUUUCCAUGGAGGGUAACAUUAAGCUCACUGACUUUGGCUUCUGCGCUACCAUCAACGAAGCCCAAAACAAGCGAACAACCAUGGUGGGAACACCGUACUGGAUGGCCCCCGAAGUAGUCACUAGAAAAGAGUACGGCCGGAAAGUCGACAUCUGGUCCCUUGGUAUCAUGGCCAUUGAGAUGAUUGAGGGCGAGCCUCCAUACCUAACAGAGUCCCCCCUUCGAGCCUUGUGGCUGAUCGCGACCAACGGGACUCCCAAUAUCAAGAACGAGCAGGAUCUCUCGCCUCUCUUCAAGGAUUUCUUGUACUUUGCGCUCAAGGUCGAUCCUGAGAAGCGAGCAAGCGCCCACGAUCUGCUCCGACAUGAAUUCAUGAAGCAGUGCGUUGAUCUUACACAACUGUCGCCAUUGGUCCGAGCCGCUCGAGAACAAAGAGCGCAAGAGAAGGCCCGCAAGGGACAAUAGGCUGGUCCAUGCGGUAUUCCAAGUCGCCGAGUAGCUCCCCAAUUGGGAGGGAAGACGGUCGGUUACUGGCAUCGCUAAGACGAUAAAUCGAUCUCCCCUUCCAACCAAAUAGCCGAGGGUUCGCUCCCCCUGCGCAAUUUGGAUAUGACGACACGGGCGACAGCGCAGUUGAUCUGAAAGCUUGGCCAAUCGAACUCGCGUCCCCGGCGGAUCUCGCACCUCGAUUCUCAAUCAUAUAAUGACCAUUUUUUUCGGAAAGCCUCUUUUCGAUUACCUUAACAUAGCAGGCCUUGCAUCUUAAAGUUGGAGUUGGCAUUGGUGCCGCGUCAUGGGACUCUGGCUUGCGCAGGGAGACGCAGAAGACCGAGC